CUGGAGCUGCACACAUGGCAGCACAUGAACCUGAGAUUAAGAGCAGUGUCUCCUUCAUACCAUGCUUCUUAUUUGUAGAGCUUGUCCUCAUGGCCGGCACAGUUAUCCUCUCCUACCACUUUGAAUACACAGACACCUUCCCAGUCCAUUCCCAGGGAUUCUUCUGCUAUGACAGUACCUUGUCCAAACCUUAUCCAGGUCCAGAAAGUGCCAGCCGAGUACCUCCACGUCUCCUGUACCUGCUGAUCACUGUGCUGCCAGUCCUUACGAUCCUGCUGGGAGAAGUCUCCACGGCCCUAAUCAAUCCACGCUGGAGUAAUAGGGAGAAGAUAAUUUCUUGCGGAGAUUGUUGCUUCUUCAAUCCUCUUCUGCGCCAAAUUGUCAGGAUCUUGGGGCUUUUCUCAUUUGGUCUGUUUUGUACUGUAAUCUUUGCUGGAGCUGUUCAGACAGUCACUGGUAACCAAGCCCCUCAUUUCCUGUCUGUCUGCCGCCCCAAUUACACUGCCCUUGGGUGCAAGUCCCACAUGCAAUAUAUAUCUUCACCCUAUGCCUGCAACGGGGAUCCUGAUCUGAUCACCGAGGCUCGUAAAGCCUUCCCUUCGAAACCCGCAGCUCUCGGGGCAUAUUCUGCAGUUUACACAACGAUGUACGUCACCCUCGUUCUAAAAGUGAAGGGUUCCCGGCUGGUGAAGCCCUCCCUGUGCCUGACAAUGCUGUCUCCUUCAUGGCUUCUAUGUUUGCUGCGCGUUGCUGAAUAUCGUAACCAUUGGAGAGAUGUUCUUGCUGGUACCAUAACUGGAGCAGCCAUUGCUGUUUUUCUGGUAACCUGUGUACUGAAUAACUUUGGGAGCUCCUCACCAGAAGAGGGAGACCUGAUCCAGAAAGAGCAAGAUGGGGCCAUUGAGGCCGAAAACCCUCUACCUGCAGCAUGUGAAAAAAUAAGUGUAGUAAAGGUCCUCGAUUUUGAGCUCAAGUGCGGCUAG